AUGGUAUGUAUAUGUGAGAAUGAUGAGAAUGAAUAUUCUCAAUCCACACUGGAUUGGAUCAGCAAUCCAGAAAACUUGCUCAACAAGGCAUCUGAAAUCGGUGAAGGAGUGUUUGGAACAGUUUUCAAAGUUCCAUUGGGAUCACAACAAGGAAGAAAUGUUGCAAUCAAGAAACUUAUCACAUCAAACAUUCUUCAAUAUCCAGAAGACUUCGACAGGGAAGUUAGAAUUAUAGGAAACGCCAGACAUCCAAAUUUGAUUGCGUUGAAAGGAUACUAUUGGACUCCUCAACUACAGCUUUUAGCAUCUGAAUUUGCACCAAAUGGUAACUUGCAAUCCAAGUUACAUGAAAAGCUUCCUUCAAGUCCACCACUUUCUUGGCCAAAUAGAUUCAAGAUUUUACUUGGAACAGCAAAGGGACUUGCACAUUUGCAUCAUUCAUUCAGGCCACCAAUAAUUCACUGCAACAUAAAACCAAGCAACAUCUUACUUGAUGAAAACUUCAACGCUAAGAUAUCAGAUUUCGGAUUAGCUAGGCUAUUAUCAAAGCUAGACAAGCAUGUGAUGAGUAACAGGUUUCAAAGUGCAUUAGGCUAUGUAGCACCUGAACUAGCUUGUCAGAGCUUAAGGGUCAAUGAGAAAUGUGAUGUGUAUGGCUUUGGCGCAUCAACCAAUGAUAUAUAUUACACCAAUAUGUUUCAACUAUUAAAACCCUAA